CUUCCUCCCGCCACCACCAACCCCCACCCACCAACCGCACCCACUCCUCCUUCCAAGACGUCAUCCAAUCCGGCAUCUCAGCCUUCACGGGCCAAACCCCCGCUCACCACCGCCGCAGCGACGCAGCCAACAAGCCCAAGCCGCGCCAAGAGAGUCUGGGUAGCCUGGAUGAGUUUGAGAUUGACGAGGAUGCGUUUAGGCGCGCGCAAGAGGAGGAGGCGAAGAACAGACUUGAGCGUGUGA